UUUCUGUCCACAAAUAUGUUUUAUCACAUGCCCCAACCUGUUUCCAUAUGUCGUUUGCUGCUUCCCUCUCGGCCAUUUCAGCUUGCGAAUCUGCUUGGUUCUUCGUACAUGGAGCUUGCAUCCUCUCCUUCCAUUAAUCCCUCGCCGAGCAUUCCUUUCCCAGCUCCUCACGAGCGAGAACACGGCGACAACUUCAGCCUCAUUGUCAUCGUGGCUGCCAUUACUUGCGCAGUUGUUUGCACAGUCGGUCUGAAUACCAUGCUGACAUGUAUACUUCAAUGCGCCAUUCACACCCUCAGACAGACAGUCCAAUGGGUGGCUUUAAGGGGACUGAACUCAGGCAUGAAGAAGCAAGACAUGGUUGCCCUGCCAACUUCAACUUACAGGAAUUCAAGCUCACCAACUUCGGUCUGUGCUAUCUGUCUUGUCGAUUUCUUGAACGGGGAUGAAAUACGAGUGUUGCCAAACUGUACUCACAGGUACCAUGUCACAUGCAUAGAUAAAUGGCUGCUGUGUCACUCUUCUUGCCCCACUUGCAGGCAUCAGCUCAAGUCCAAGGAUUCUAUUUCCUCUGUGGAUCACGCAGUGUAAUGUCGAGAAGUAGCCACUUAGUGAAUCAGGUAAGCAAUAAAGAUGAUCCCUCGGAUAGACUUAUAAAGAAGUUGUUACCAAUUCCCAAGAGUUGAGAUUGAUGAUAAAAGUAGUUGAAGUCAGUUUGCUUGUUUUGAGCCAUUUCAUGCUAACUUGGAAUCAAACUAGAUUUUGUUGUUUUCU